AUGGCCGAUAUGAAUCAAGAAUCCAUCCAGCAGAGAAUCCAGGUCGCCCGCCGCGAUGCCGAGGCGCUGAAGGACAGGAUAAAACGGAAGAAGGACGAGCUCGCUGAUACCACCCUCCGCGAUGUCGCCCGCGAUCGCGUCGAGACGUUGCCGCGCCUCGCCAUGAAGACCAAGCGCACGCUCAAGGGCCAUCUCGCAAAGAUCUACGCCAUGCACUGGUCUACCGACCGCCGCCACCUCGUCUCGGCCUCGCAGGACGGAAAGCUGAUCAUCUGGGACGCUUACACAACAAACAAGGUGCACGCCAUCCCCCUGCGCUCCUCGUGGGUCAUGACGUGCGCCUACUCGCCGUCUGGCAACUACGUCGCCUGCGGUGGUCUGGACAACAUCUGCUCCAUCUACAACCUGUCGGCGCGCGAAGGCCCUACACGCGUCGCCCGCGAGCUCUCCGGCCACUCGGGCUACCUCAGUUGCUGCAGAUUCAUCAGCGACAAGCGCAUCCUAACCUCUUCUGGCGACAUGACCUGCGUGCUGUGGGACCUAGAAACCGGUUCAAAGGUUCACGAGUUCGCCGAUCAUCUCGGGGACGUCAUGAGUCUGAGCAUCAACCCGCUCGACCACAACCAGUUCGUGUCUGGUGCCUGCGACGCCUUUGCCAAGCUGUGGGAUAUUCGCCAGCAGAAGUGCGUGCAGACAUUCGCUGCCCACGACUCGGACAUCAACGCCAUCCAGUUCUUCCCCAACGGAAACGCCUUUGGCACUGGUUCCGAUGAUGCGUCUUGUCGCUUGUUUGAUAUCCGUGCUGAUCGCGAACUAGCAUCGUACCAGAUCCCUGAGCCCGUCUGCGGUAUCACGUCUGUCGCCUUUUCAGUCUCUGGUCGUUUGCUGUUUGCUGGCUACGAUGAUUUCGAAUGCAAGGUCUGGGAUGUACUGCGCGGCGAACGUGUAGGCACACUGCAAGGACACGACAACCGAGUCAGCUGUCUCGGUGUAAGCAAUGACGCGCUCAGUCUCUGCACUGGUUCAUGGGACUCCAUGCUGCGUAUUUGGGCAUAGACAUCGCUGCCCAUGUGACCAUGCGACGUCAUGAACAACGAUCAUCGCGCAUACUUUCCCCUAAUAUUGGUCAGCCCACGGCAACAUCCCGCUUGAACAGCUGUCCGUUUCAUCAUACCCACUUCCAACAUCUCACAACCAUUGGGAGAGCUCUCGACACAGCGACUCUACCCCAACAUAAUAUACCACUCGUGUCAUCUGGUGGCAGGCGUUUUCUUUCCAUACCACUGUUUUUUUCUCUCUUUCAUGUUGGACAAUGUGGGCUGUACGUCGUUCCUGCAAUCGUUCAUCUCGGUUGCUUUGCGACGUACACGAGUAGCUGCUGUGUUUUGUCUCGCUCGUAUACCUAAAUGCAGCUUCGUGUCCAAAGUCGACAUUCCUCUUCCCCAUACAGUAUUACUCAUCUCUUUUUCUCUGUCUGGUUAUUAAAAAGCGACAGCUUUGUCCUUGCGUGCCGCGUGGGAAGACGGAAAGGU